UGUCAUUCCACACGUGUGCAACGUGGGACAAUCCAUCAGAUUAGCGCUUGGCACGCAGGAUUUGUCUGAGGGGAAUCUCAAUCACCGGGAGAGAAACGCCGAGAUAGACCAGACAGACUGAUCCAGAUCCACAUUCACGUCCAGGUGGAGCCUCACCGUGGUCCUCCUUCUUCUGCUGUGUAACAUGUAGGACUUUUACGCACGCGUAAAACCAGGACGCGCAGUUUUUCAGACCAAUCUUGUAACCAAAGUGGGAUGAUGGCAGGUGGAAUUGGGUUUGAUAAACUUUCCUGGUGGAGUUUUUAUUUCUGCAGUCAUCUUAGGUCUGAUAAUAGCUUGUGUGAUAUUCAUCCUGCCGGUGGAAACGUCUAAUCCUCCCUGAUUACCGCGCACGGAUGGAUUGCGUCGUGUCGGCCACUCGGCUGACAUCAGGACCAUGGGGAAAUUAAUUUAACCGUUAUGCGUGCGUCCUGAUCACCUAAACGACACCUUUUAAUUCAGGACACCAUCCUGUUUUAGCGCACACGGGACAGUGAGGUUUCCCCCCAGUGCCAAACAUGAGGAGAGCGGUGCUAAAAGAAGCGGCCAAGCGCUUCCCCUGGCUGGCCAACGUCACUUUGUACGGCUGCCUGUUCGCCGGCGGAGACCUGGUCCAUCAGCUCUUGGCGCAGAAGGAGCGCAUGGACUGGAAACACACUCGGAACGUGGCCAUCGUGGCGAUCAGCUUCCACGGAAACUUUAAUUACUUUUGGCUGCGAGCGUUGGAGCGGCGUUUCCCCGGGAAGUCUGCAGGGAUGGUUUUCCGCAAACUGCUGCUGGACCAAAGCUUCGCGUCGCCUUUGGGCACCAGUGUCUUCUACACGGGAGUGAGCUUCUUGGAGGGAAAAGAGGACGUCUUUGAAGACUGGAGGGAGAAGUUCUUCAACACCUGGAAGACCGGUCUCAUGUACUGGCCAUUCAUGCAGUUUCUGAACUUCGCCCUGAUGCCGUUGCACAUGCGAACCGCCUUCAUGGGCUGCUGUGCGUUCCUCUGGGCCACCUUCCUCUGCUUUUCACGACAGAAUGGUGACGGUACCGCCGCCGUGGCUCUGGCCUUCAUCAUGGAUCCCCGCAAGACCCUGGAGGAGAUGCGUGAGGCCCGACUGGCCCGUAAAAAGAAAAAGAUCCAGAGGGAGAACUGAAGGAGGGACUCUGUGUCUGUCUGAGCUGGAGGGAAAAAUCCACACAGUGAGAACAUUAAAAUGUCACAUACGCACACAACAGUUUGACGCAUGGGUUUUUAAACAGUGACAUGAUAAUGACAACAGACAGAGGGGUUACAAAUGAAAGGAAAACCCUGAUGUUGGUGGUGUCAUCCAGGAUGUUCCCAUUUAUAAGCCACAAGGAAUCACUUAAUGACACUAAGACACUUAAUGGUUUGAUGAAAAAUCAUGUAAACAUGUCACAGAACAUGGGUGUUAAACUCAUUUUAGUUCAGGGGCUAUUUUUUCCAGUGCUGAGCAUUGGUUCAUUUGUAUUUUUCUACACUAAAACCAUGCCAUAAUGCUAUACAAAGCAGGGAAGCAAUAAAAA